CAGUGACCUAUGAUGAUGUGCAUGUCAACUUCACUUGGGAAGAGUGGACUUUGCUGGAUCCUUCCCAGAAGAAUCUCUACAAAGAUGUGAUGAUGGAGACCUACAGAAACCUGACUACUAUAGGUAUAAAAGAAGGCAUACUGGAGAGAAACCCUACGACUGUAAACAGUGUGGUAAAGCCUUUGCACAACAUGGUCAUCUUCAAAGCCAUAAAAGAACACAUACAGGAGAGAAACCCAGUGAAUGUAAUCAUUGUGGUAAAGCCUUUGCACAACAUGGUCAUCUUCAAAGUUAUAAAAGAACACAUACAGGAGAGAAACCCUGUGAAUAUAAUCAGUGUGGUAAAGCCUUUGCACGAUCCAGUCAUCUUCAAAGGCAUAAAAGAACACAUACUGGAGAGAAGGCCUAUGAAUGUAAUCACUGUGGUAAAGCCUUUGCACAACAUGGUCAUCUUCAAAGCCAUAAAAGAACACAUACAGGAGAGAAACCCAGUGAAUGUAAUCAGUGUGGUAAAGCCUUUGCACAACAUGGUCAUCUUUAAAGUUAUAAAAGAACACAUACAGGAGAGAAACCCUGUGAAUGUAAUCAGUGUGGUAAAGCCUUUGCACGAUCCAGUCAUCUUCAAAGGCAUAAAAGAACACAUACUGGAGAGAAGCCCUAUGAAUGUAAUCAUUGUGGUAAAGCCUUUGCACAACAUGGUAAUCUUCAAAGUCACAAAAGAACAUAUACAGGAGAGAAACCCUAUGAAUGCAAUCAGUGUGGUAAAGCCUUUGCAAAACAUAGUCAUCUUCAAGUACAUAAAAGAACACAUACUGGUGAGAAACCCUAUGAAUGUAUUCAAUGUGGUAAAGCUUUUGCACAACAUGGUCAUCUUCAAAGUCAUAAAAUAA